AUGGGGUGCAGAACUCCAUUACUGUUUGUGAUUCCCUGGACGGUUGCCAAAGCUUUGUAUGAAAAUAAAAGCUGUUGGUUAAAUAACAUCACAUGGAUCUGGUGGAUAAUCAGAGGCCCAUUAACAUUAUCAGUGAUUGUCAUUUUUUGCAUUUUUCUCAAAAUCAUCAGACUUUUGCUGUCUAAGCUGAAGGCUGAGCAGGUGAAGUUCACUGACUACAGAUACAGUUUAGCCAGAGCCACGCUUGUGUUGAUUCCUCUGCUCGGGGUCCACGAGAUCGUCUUCACUUUAAUUAUAGAUGAAUCGGUCGAGGGAAGCAACCGCUACGCCCGAAACGUCGUCCAUCUGACCCUGAGCUCUUUCCAGGGUCUUUUAGUUGCAGUGCUGUACUGCUUUGCAAAUGGAGAGGUCCAGGCUGAGCUGAAGAAGAGGUGGCAGCUGUUCGUUUCCUCCAAUCACUUCGAGGCGCACAACUGUUUCGCCGACAUUCACCCCAAACACCUGUGGAAGAGCUCGCAGAAGAGACCUGGACAAACCACAGAGCAGAGCGAAUCCAAUGAGGAGGGAAGCCACGCCCCCACACAGGGACAUCAGCUGCAGGUGGCCGUCCAAUCAGCAGAGGACUUGGCGUGUGGGCGGAGCUCCGGCCUGGAGUUUUACAUGAGGAGGAGCCUCUCCAGCAGCGACGGGGAGAUGACUUUAGGAGAGACCAUGGAGGAGAUCACAGAGGAGAGCGAGUUUUAA